CUAGGGCGCGCUUGUCCCUGACCGUUGAAUUUAUUUGUGACAUACCCUAUCUGUGACGUGAAGUGUAAGUUUGACAACCCUAACGGUUAAAGUGACUUGUGUUUGUGCCCAUUGGAAUUUUAGUGUUUUUAUUGAUAUGAAUGCGAGCGAAAAACAAUGCAGUUAAAAGCAUUGAUCGCGAACCACGCCAUGAGUGUACAGAAGCUUUAGUGUCAACGCGAUAGAAAAGAAAAAGAAAGAUGUCGCUAAACGCAAGCGUAGGUUAAAAAAGAUAAAAUGGCAAACAAAAGUUUCGGCAGCGAGGUGGUCGGCUUUAUCCUGGCGGUGGCAUUUUGUCUCACUUGCCCAGAAUACGUAUCUUCAGCCCAAAGAGAACUGGGCAAAGGUACUAAUACCUCAGCCACCGCGCCACCUGCGGCCGAUAAUGCGAUACGGGGUGCACUGGAGACACCCCGGCCCACACCAAGGAGUGGGCCAUACUUUGACCUGGUCUCCUCGAAGAAUGUCACUGCGCUACUGGGCAAAACCGCCUACCUGAACUGUCGAGUCAAGAAUUUAGGAAAUAAAACACUCAAUAUGCAGGUAUCAUGGGUGCGACAUAGAGACAUCCACCUUCUGACAGUUGGCAGAUACACAUACACCAGCGAUCAGCGGUUUCGCGCGAUACAUUUACCACACUCAGAAGACUGGACUUUACAGAUAAAAUACCCGCAGCACAGGGACUCGGGAAUCUACGAAUGUCAGAUAUCAACGACUCCGCACAUGAGCCAUUUCAUACAUCUUAAUGUUGUUGAGCCAACGACGGAGAUAAUUGGCGGGCCGGAGCUGUAUAUUGAUCGGGGCAGCACUAUAAACUUAACAUGCGUAGUACUCUACUCGCCUGAACCACCAGCAUAUAUUUUUUGGAACCAUAACGAUGCGAUAAUAAGCUAUGACUCGCCGAGAGGUGGCGUGUCAGUUGUGACUGAGAAAGGUGAGACGACAACAUCGUUCCUUCUCAUUCAGCAGGCGAGGCCUUCUGACUCGGGGACCUACCAGUGUAACCCCAGCAAUGCCCAGUCGAAGAGCGUGGUGGUGCACGUACUAAAUGAAGCAAAUUCUAUUUUUCCUCUAUCAGGUGAGUACCCAGCGGCCAUGCAGCGUGGAGGACAAGCAUUUUCGCCGCACACUCACUGUAUUCUACUUGCUGCCAUGCUUCUCUUAGCCGUGUCUUGACAUCAAUUGGUUAGAGGUUUGUAAAUAGGUACCUUAUAGCUAUGCUGACCUUUAAGGAUUAACUUUAACUUCUUUUUUACUGUUCUUUUGUUUCAUUCCAUCUUUGUUUGGCCUAUAUGUAGGAAUAAGCAUUUCUUUGUAUUUUACAUGACAUCUGUAUCUAGCCUUCUAAAUGCCAGUUUUAAUUGUGAUGAGUCGUAUAAUAAUAAUUAUUUAUUUAUUUCAAGAAUAUGGUACAAAAUUAAGUUUUGUGUUGUUUUGUUUUGUGUUUUAAGUGUUAAGGUGGCACAAUCGUAAAUCGUUCGCAUAUGCAUCUGCCUUACACAGUGGCGCACAAAUUUAUCUGAAUUUACAUUAUUAGUAUAUUUUUCUAUUGAAAUCAUUUGAUUGGAUUCUAUAGAAAAUUCUUCGGUUGAUUCCGAGCAUAACUGUAUUUAUAAACAUUUGAAGUAACGAUGCUUCGUAGAUUUAUUUGUUUUCUAAUUCUCUGAAUACUUAAAGGUCAGUACCGCCAAUCUAAUAUUUAUGCUAUUUAAUAGUGUGGGUUGUGUUAUGUACCAUACAUAUAAUUAACUUUCCGAGCAAGUAGCCAAAGGGCUUGUGACGUAGAAUUGUAAAUAUCUAUUCUCCAUUUUUGUAACUAAAUUUUGCGUGUUUCCAACCAAUCCCUGAUAUUUUAUAUAUAACGAGACAACAUCGUCUAUAAUAUUUACAUUAUAUUUUUAAUUCAAAAUUUACGAAUAAACUUAUACGUUGAUUAUCUUUAGAUUUAGGAUGUUAAUAUUAAACGAUGUUGCCUCUUACAUAUUGUUACAAAUGAAAUCGUAGAAUUUAUUGAAUGUAUGAUUAGAGUACACCGGAAAAGCAGCUGACAAUACUAUGAUAACAGAAAGAGAAUGUGCAUGUACAUACUAUAUGUUAAAUAUAAUGAUAUACGAAUCACUUUAUUUAGCUUUAUUUUUUGUCUAAGAUGUAAAUUGUAACUAUAGUUAUUAUCAUAUAAAUGUUUACUACUGUAAAUAUUAUAAUUAGAAGAAUUUUUACAGGCUAUCUCUCAUAUUUUUUUAUUUUUAAAUCAUGUGCUUUUAAAGGUCUGUAAAUAAGUAUGUGUAAAUUAGCUAAGAUAGUAAAAUAUAUGAAAUAUUUAGGUAAACGAUGUAUAAUUUUAAUAACGCUACUUAAAUGUUCUUCCGAAACAAACAUUCCGGUAGAUGUAAUCCCAGAUCUUAUUUCGAUACUAAACGAGUCAUUAUUCGUUUAUUUUAUAGGCGUGCCCCGUCCUACUUUAAAUCUGUGUAAUAUAAGUAUAGAAGUGAUUUUACGACAGAUACUGUAAACAAAAUGUAUUUUACUUUAGCAUUGGUAGAAAACCUGAUCUGGACGCAAAUGUGUUUUAAAAGAAG